AUGUCCGAUUCCUACAAUGGUAGACGUAUCAAUCCGAUCCAGCGUGGAAAGCCCGCUAGCGGAUUCGAUAGUCAAAACCGAAGACCCAAUACCGGUACAAGGAGCCAGAGGCGAGCAUAUGAAUUACAGCAGCAGAGAGCAGCUGAGACAGAUUGGGCAGAGGCGCGUGAGUUUGAAGAACGCCCCCCAGAACCACGUGGUCCGACACAAAGAAGCGUAGCCUGGAAGGACAAACAAAAGAAGAAAGUAGAAAAGGAGAAGAGAAUAUAUACAGAAAUAUAA